AUGGCAAAUCUACGCAUUGUCUCUCGGUUGUUCUCUCCCCUACGUCGCUCAACAUGCCUACAAGUCAUUCGCGCUUCCUCGCCAAUCAUAAAAACAACUACCCAGCCUUUCUCCUAUUCUGCGCGAGCACAGUCCCCUAAAUCAGGUACCUUGCUCGAAUUGGCCCAAGCCCGGCGCACCAUCUACCAGUUGGGCAGCGACAGCCCUGUUCCGGACGCCGAAAUUGAGAAGCUUGUCCAUGCUGCCAUUUCGAACGUCCCCAGUGCGUUCAAUACGCAGUCAACACGACUGCUGGUUCUGUUGCACCGCGAGCACGAGCGCCUGUGGGAUGUCAUUAUCGAUGUCUUCCAGAACCUUGUGAAAACGGGUGCUAUACCCAAAGAAGUCUGGGAGAAACAGACACUGCCGAAGCUGCAGGGAUUUCAAGCUGGUGUUGGAACGAUCCUCUUUUACGAAGAUCCAGAGCACAUAAAGCCCUUUUCGGAAAAGUUUGCUCUGUACAAGGACCAGUUUGAGCCGUGGGCUGAGCAUUCUAAUGCCAUGCACCAAUACUUUCUUUGGACCGGGCUCGAAUCUCUUGGUUUUGGCGCAAACCUGCAGCACUAUAAUCCUCUUAUUGACGCGCCGGUUGCUAAGCAAUGGGAUAUCCCAUCGGAGUGGAGACUUAUUGCGCAACUGGUGUUCGGUAGCCCUAAGGGAGCCCCCGGGGAGAAGAGCCAGAAGCCAAUUGAGGAUCGCGUCAAGAUCUACGGGAAACAGUAA